UUUGGGUAAGGGUUUGUCUAUUAUUAGAAAGGUGCUGCUGACCUUUUUACAUCCCGGUGGAGGAAUUUGUCUCGUUCUUUUCAGAUUUGUUUUAAUUCAACCACAUCAGAGGCUUUUCGAGAAAGAAUGGUUUGUUUAAGGCUUUACCAAAGUACCUCAAUAAGAUUUAAGUCUGGACUUUGACUAGGCCAGUCCAAAGCCUUCUGUAAAAAAAAAAAAGCCAUUGAGAUGUGAACUUGCUGGUAUGGGUUGGAUUAAAGUCAUGAGCUGAUGUCUUUGGGCGGUUCUGCUAGAGAACACUGAAUGAACAUGACAUUGUUCAUUUUGUGAUCAAUUUAUCAGGACACACACCUUCCGGACAGUUUAACCUUUGUCCCGUCACAACUUGGGGUGUCACCAAAAUGCUUUUUGAAGAUGUAAAUCUUUGUUGUCUUUGCUCAGCUGUAGUUUGGGGCCAUUUUUACCCAGCAUCUUUCGUAUUGUUCAGCCAAUGACACCGAGCAGAACGGAGCCUAAUGAGGCCUGCAGAGCUUCGGGUCUGCAGGGUUCUGCUGGUGACUUCCUGGGUCAGUUGUCAAUGUGCUCUUGGAGUAAUUCCCGGCCAUGAUAAUAGCUCUCGCCGUGGUUUGCUGGAGUGCCACAACCUUAGAAAGGGUGUUGUAUUUCCUUUUGAGAUCAUUUAGGCCACCUCAAGUUGUCAGAUAGGUACUAUUGAAGCGAUUUAUUCAUUUUGCAGAUUAAAUGGGUCACUUUCUUUAAAUAGGGCCAGGUUGCUUUGGCUACAUCUUAUGUUAUCUUUGUGUCAUAUUAAAAUUAGUUUUAAGAUCUGAAACAUUUGAAUGUGACAGGUAAAAAAAUGAUAAUCAGAAAGGGAGGGACACUUUCACUGAGAGUUCUGCAACAACGGUUUUUAGAAUCUUGAUUCCGGCCUGAGACUCGGUGUACGUCUGGUUCUCGGUUCACGUGUUGUUGUACAAACACAAGCGUGAAAGGCAGAAAGUUGACUUCUACCACAAACAUGAGUCAGGGCUUUGCUCUGAAAAGAGCACGCUUCGGGUUACCUUUAAAGGUCAUCUCUGGCCAAACCUGACGUGGGUCCACAGAGGGCUGAGCUCUGCAAGCCUCACCUGGGAGGGCCUAGCUCAGGUGCGCUGGCUGUGAUUGGAGGCUGCAGGGCGCAGCAGGUGAAACCUGAGCCGCUGGUAUCUCAAACACUUGUUCAGCUACGCCCAUCGUCGUCCCUUCCUGCUUCGGUUCAGUGUGUGUGCGCUUGCUGGUGAGCGCCAUGGCAGCCGCAACCAUCUCUGUCGAAGAGGACCAGUUUUGCUGUUCCGUGUGCCUGGAGGUCCUGCGGGACCCUGUGACCAUCCCCUGUGGACACAGCUACUGCCUGGACUGCAUCGAGGACUACUGGAACACAGCCAAGCAGAAGGACCAGUACAGCUGCCCUCAGUGCCGGCAGGUGUUCAACCCCAAACCCCUGCUGAGCAGGAACACGGUCCUGGCCGAAGUGGUGGAGAAGUAUCUGAAGACCGAAGCCCAGCCUGCGGCUCAGCACCCGGCCAGACCCGAGGAGGUGAAGUGCGGCGCCUGCAAGGGCAGGAAGGGCAAGGCUGUGAAGUCCUGCCUCCUGUGUUUGGAGUCCUUCUGCCAGGCUCACCUGAAGGCACACGACGAGCGCUUCCACAGGAAGGGCCACAAGCUGAUCCCGGCCACGGACCGGCUGAAGGAGAAGCUGUGCCAGCAGCACGAGAAGCUGCUGCGGCUGUACUGCCACAGCGACCAGCAGUGCGUGUGCUCGCAGUGCGUCAAGGAGCGCCACAAGGGCCACAGCGUGGGGCCCCUGGAGGAGGAGAGGGCCAAUCAGCAGAAAAAACUGAAAGAAACCUCUCUGAAGUCGGCACAGAAACUGAAGGAUGCAGAGAAGGAGCUGAGAUAUGCCAUCAGAUAUAUCAAGCACUGCACGGAGGCGGUGGUGGAGGAGAGCGAGAGGAUUUUCUCCAAGCUGAUCCGAUCCAUUGAGAAGCAAAGCGGGGAGGUGAAGGAGAUGAUCAAAUCCCAGGAGAGGCUGGUGGUCUCUCAGGCCGAGGAGAUGCUGGAGAAGAUCCAGAGGGAGAUGACGGAGCACAGGAGGAUCGAGGCCGAGCUGGAGAGACUCUCCCGCACAGAUGACAUCCACUUCCUCCAGAAGUGCAAGUCUCUUCAUUUCCCCUCGAAGACGGUGGAGAUGCCAAACACAGACGCACUGACGUAUGUGAUGUAUAAAACCAUGAGAGACGGCCUCUGUGAUGUGAACGGAGGCCUGGAGGAGACUCUGCAGAGAGAAUUCAGCAGAGUUUCCGAAAAAGUAAACUCACUAAAGGAGAGCGUCCAUCCAAGCAUCACUGAAAAGGCUAAAGCUAAAGAUGCCGACAUUCCUUCCGCCACAGAGCUGAGGAAAAGGGCCGACUUCCUUCAAUAUUACAACGACCUGACUUUGGACCCAAACACGGCCAACCCGUACCUGAGCGUCUCCAACAGCCGGCGGUCGGUGACCACCCGCUCUGAGCCGCAGCCCUACCCAGACCACCCGGACCGCUUCACCAGCUGGGCCCAGGUGCUGUGCAGGGGCGGGAUGGCCGGCCGCUGCUACUGGGAGGUGGAGUGGGCUGGGAGUGGCGGGGUCUCGGUUGGCAUCUGCUACAAGAACAUGAACAGGAGCGGAGGGGGCAGCGACUGCAAGCUGGGACACAACUCCCGGUCCUGGAGCCUGGACUGCGUCGACACGGCCUGCUCGUUCCAGCACAACAAGGAGAGCGUGGCCAUCGCGGCUCCCUGCGGCAGCAGGAUAGGAGUGUUUCUGGAUUUCAGAGCCGGGACUUUAACGUUCUACAAUGUUUCUGACUCCAUGGUUCUGCUUCAUAAAGAGAAGACCACGUUCACCCAGCCUGUGUACCCAGGGUUUUGGGUCGGGCUGGGCUCUACGCUGAAGUUGUGCUCACUUUAAACCUUUAGCACUUUUAGACGUUGCCUUGUAAAUAAAUAUGCAGAAAAUGAAAAAGGGACACAUCUGUGCUCUGGAUUCAGCUUUUUAUUAACCACACAAGCUGGGAGCAGCAUUAACCCUCUGAUGGUGAAGAUGAAGAUUAGAUC